GAUCCGACCAACGGCCUUCUCAACGACAGUACGAUGACACGUGGCGCCCUAUCAAUCCAUGAUUACGCCAGCAUAAAAAUCGUCACCAACCAAUUAUAUUAGCUGACUGACGUCCCCUUCCACUGUUUCCAGAGAGAGAAGAAAGAUCAGAAAGAGGUGUUGCGAAAUUUUUUGUUUCUCCGCCGAUCUUUUUUUUCGCUUCAGGAAAUCAAGGAGUAUAGUCAUGUUUUGAUUCUCUCUCUCCUCUGGCCGGAGCUGGGCUUGGAAGCGCAUAAUUUCUCUUGACGGUUAGAGGAUAUUACAUAUACAUCAUAUAAUUGACGAUGGAGUGGUGGGGUAAAAUGGUGGUUCCUGUGCGAAACGUUUGGAUCCGCGUCGCAAAGCGUCUCGGAAUUCGCAAAACCGGGCUCGUGAAGCUACGCCAUGACGUGAGGACUUGUGAGUAUGAGGAUGUCCAUGUCUUGUGGGAUAUGCUGAAGAAAAACGAAACAGAGAUCACCAGAUCGGCUGCAGGGAAGAAAAAGGGACGCGCUUGGAGUAUCGCCAAUUGGGCCAGGUGUGCUCCAUUUCUUUACCGCGGUGUUUGAUCAUUGUACUCUAUUACUUUUGUACGAUCCAAACUCGAUUCACUGUCUAUCAAAGGUUAUCGACAUGGAUUUUUGGUGCACCAGCAAUAAAAGGUUAAGGAGAAGAAGCCCCCCCUAAGUGUGGUAGUUGAUUCUCUUACAAUUUGUAAAAUCUUACUGCUUGUCUGAUGGAUGUGAUACUGAUAUAUUGCUUGCUCCCCCAUGCUGUAUCUCCUACAAAACAAACUAGCAGACAGUAUGUAACUUCUGGCUGUUUUCAGUGUGAUUCUACUCUUAAUACAGUACAUGAACUCUUGAUUUCUAUACGAUGUUAAGUUGAAUUAGAUUGAGCUUUUCUCUUUCCUGUAUCAUUUGGUAACUGUUUUCUGUGAAUAUCGAUAUAUAUCAUCUUUAGUAUCCAAACCAAAUGCAAGUCAGAGGAGAAAUGUGUGUAUUUGUAGUUCAUGAAUGACAUUCUAG